CACAGAAUUAGCAGAUCAACCACGCGGCUGUUCUCUCGCGACACGAUAGUUGCCGUUUGCAUCUCAGCGCAUCAGCAGUCGUUCUUUCAGUAUAACUUGGAGUUUUUUUUACUCAAUCGCAUUAUUUAGAGCUUAUUUGAUCUUUCAACGUUUAACUUUUUGAAAUUUUUUGAAAAAAAUUCGAAUUUAAGUUAACGAAGAUUUUUCGACAAUGUCAAUUCUAGCAAAUCAUUGCAAACGAACGAUAAACAAACGAUAGGUUUUUUUUCUCGAAAUCACUCGAAAUAUAUUUCCAAGAAAACGAGUGUCACUUCGAUCCACUUGCGCGAAUUUUUACCCGAAAUAGUCAAAUUGUUUUUCAUUUUUAUUUUUGUUAUUGUAUGCAUCACAACAUUUCGUUCUCUACGUGCCAAUAUUUUUUAUCGUAAAUCUCCGCGGCCUACGCGCGCGUCAUUCCAACGAACCCCGAGAGAAAAAAAGGAAAAGCAGUGUAUCUAUAACUGGUGUUCUUGUAUAACAAUAUCUUAUCAGCAUUUGGAUAGAGCAAAAAAAAAGACGAAGUUCGUGACUUCCGCGAGGCUUAAACGAUUUGAUUCCGCAAUUAUGAAUAUCAGCUUCGAAGGAAAACGUAUCCUCGUCACCGGAGCCGGUCAAGGUAUCGGCCGCGAAACGGCUCUACGCCUGUCGAAAUUCAAGGGCACCGUCAUCGCCCUGUCCAAGACCCAGAAGAAUCUCGACUCACUGGUCAAGGAGGAUCCGCGAAUUCAGACGGUCUGCGCGGAUCUCGGCGACUGGGCGGCGACUCGCCGAGCCGUCAAGUCAGUCCUGCCGAUCGAUCUGCUGGUGAACAACGCCGGCAUCGCCCGGCUCGAUCCCUUCCUCACGGCCAAACCGGAGGACUUCGACGACACCUUCAACGUCAAUCUCAAGUCGAUCAUGAACGUGUCGCAGGUCGUCGCGGCGGACAUGGUGGCGCGCAAAGUCCCGGGCAGCAUCGUGAAUCUGAGCAGUCAAGCGAGUCUCGUGGCCAUUACCGAUCACGCGACCUAUUGCGCGUCAAAGGCGGCUCUGGAUAUGCUGACCAAAGUGAUGGCUCUCGAACUUGGACCCCACAAUAUUCGAGUGAACACCGUCAAUCCCACCCUGGUGCUGACGGCCAUGGGUAGAGCCCACUGGAGCGAUCCUGCCAAGGCCAACUCUCUGCGAGUCAAGAUUCCUCUGGGUCGUUUCGCAGAACCCGAAGAGGUCGUGGACUCGAUCGUAUUUCUUCUCAGCGACAAGAGUUCCAUGACCACUGGAACUGGCGUUACCAUCGACGGAGGUUACACCAUUCAAUAGAUUGAUAUAUUUUUAAUGUUCGAAUCGAUGUCAAAGUGUGAAGUGAUACACUAUAAUAACAAAUAAAAUUAUUUUUAAUACUUUCAUUAAUAUCAAAAUGUAAAGAAAUGUAAUAUGAUAAAAAACAAA